AUGAGACACCAGCACAGAUUCACCAUGAGACACCAGCACAGCCUCACCAUGAGACACCAGCACAGCCUCACCAUGAGACACCAGCACAGCCUCACCAUGAGACACCAGCACAGCCUCACCAUGAGACACCAGCACGGAUUCACCAUGAGACACCAGCAGACCCUCACCAUGAGACACCAGCACGGAUUCACCAUGAGACACCAGCACAGCCGCACCAUGAGACACCAGCACGGAUUCACCAUGAGACACCAGCUGAGCCUCACCAUGAGACACCAGCACGGAUUCACCAUGAGACACCAGCAGAGCCUCACCAUGAGACACCAGCACAGAUUCACCAUGAGACACCAGCACAGCCGCACCAUGAGACACCAGCAGAGCCUCACCAUGAGACACCAGCACGGAUUGACCAUGAGACACCAGCUGAGCCUCACCAUGAGACACCAGCACGGAUUCACCUUGAGACACCAGCACAGCCUCCCCAUGAAACACCAGCAUGGAUUCACCAUGAGACACCAGCACAGCCUCACCAUGAGACACCAGCAGAGCCUCACCAUGAGACACCAGCACGUCCUCACCAUGAGACACCAGCACAGCCGCACCAUGAGACACCAGCACAGCCUCACCAUGAGACACCAGCACAGCCUCACCAUGAGACACUAG